GGAUAGUGAAUAGCAAAUAAGUAAAGGUUGUUGCCUUUGGAGAACGUGCUACCUGAAAGUCAUUACGCAGGGAUGAAUUCAGUCCCAUUCAUUUGACCUUCACAUACGCGUCCUUUAUCUGAUUUUAUGAUAAAUACGUCUGUUUUUAUUGUGAAUAAAUUCGCCUGGUUUGUUUAAAACGCAAUUAUCUAUACAUAAAAAAUAAUAAUUAGAAUGAUAUUAAAAAGUUAAAGAUAAAAUCUCUAAAUAUCAGCCUGCUCUUGACUACAGCGCCCCCUCGGGUUGAGCCCGGUGUAGCCUGUGUUUGGUGUUGCCAGGACACUUGCUGAAACAGAAACAAUUGCCUGCUGUGAGUUCCCCUGCAACACUUCUAAUUAUGGAAGUCAUGAACAACUCCGAUGAGUCUAAUGAGAAGGAGAGGCUCAAGAUGCGGAUUGCUGUUUUGGAGGAGAGUGUGAAGUCCUGUGAGGUGGAGUGCAAAGCCAGCAGGGAGACGGUGCUGAGGCUGGUGGCAGAGCUGGACCAGGAGAGGAGGAAGGCCGCCAGCAGUGCAGCUGCACUUGAUUCACUCAGAACGGAGAUGGAUGGUCUGGUGGUGGGAAGGAGGAGCGUCGAGACAGAGAAGCAGACCCUAACUGAGAGGUUUGAGGCCAGCAGGAGAGUGAUAGAGGCCGCCAGGCGAGAGUCGCAGUGUUUGGAGAAACAGGUGGAGGAGCAGGAGAGAAAGAACCAGGCAACGGAGAGGAAGCUACAGGCGUUCCUGGAAAAGGUGGCCGGCCUCCUGCAGGGGAAGUCUGACAGUGUCAUUCUCCCAACGGAGAGUGAGAUUUUACAGAAACUGGACAACCUCUGCAACAAGACGGUGUCAGAAAUGGAGGCGAAGCUGUGUCGCGCCUCCGAGGAGCUGAGCGAGCAGACGGAGCUCCGGCACAGCUCGCAGCAGAGGGCUCAGCUCGCCGAGCAGCAAGUCCAGGACCUGAGGGAGAGGCUGCGAGGUCUGGAGGCCGAGCUGCUCACGGCGGACGUGCAUCGCGACGGGUUGCAACACAGCAAGCAGCAUUAUGAGGAGUUCCUGGAGCAGCUGUCGGAGACAAUGAAGGUCGACAGCAUUGCUGUUGAUCUCGGAUUCGACAUGAGGCUAAAACUCAUCCUGUCUCGUGCAGAACAGCUUGUCAAACAUGAGGGAACUUCUUUGGUGGAGAGUAAAAGUCUGACUUACAGCUUACAGCGUAAGUUAAGGUCACAGAAAGACCAGCUCGAGAGCAAAGCGCUCCACAUUCAGCUUCUGAGGAAGAAGGUUUCAGAGCUGGAGGAGGACAAGAGGUGUCGGUCGGCGUUGGCCGUGGAAAGGGACGACGCACACGUGGAGGCCAGGAAGCUGCAGAAAAAAGUGGAGCGCCUCCAGGGAGAACUGAGGGCCAUCAGGCUGUCCAACACCGAGCUCAAGGCCCAGCUCUCCCACACCAAUGAGCUCAAGUUGAAAGUCAUGGAACAGAGUAAGACCGUGCAGGAGCAGAAAAAGAAGAUGGAUCAGCUGGUGGAUUUGAAGGCGAGUGCGGAGAAGAAGCUGAGCACGGUGAGCUCAGACCUGCAGAGCCAAGAGAAGAAGACCAGAGAGGACCAGCAGCAACUCCACGGCCUCAGACAGAGCCUGGCUCAGCUGUCCGACAGCAAGAGAGAGCUGCUGGAUUUCCGGAUGGUCAUCUCUCAGAUGUUGGGCCUGGACGCCUCAGCUGCGUCUCUUCCAAACGAUGAAAUCAUCAGAUUGCUGGAAACUCUUCUUCACUCUCAUCAUCACCAUCACCACCUCCAUCAUCACGUCAACAUGCCCUGGCGCUGUUCUACUCAUCAGAGGCUUCACCUGCCACAGAUCCAGGACCUGAGCAACAGCUCCGCGUUGGACGCUUCCACCUCCAGGUCUGCAUGUCCAGGGGACGCAUGAGAACGUCCAAAUCGUAUGCACUUAAAAUGUUAAUUAUCUUUUAAAAAGGCACGUGAAAAUACAUAUUUUUCAGUAUAAAAUAAUUGUUCAAAAGCUGUUUUUUUUUUUUUGUAUUUGUGUAAAAUCACAUCAAAAAACAACAACUAAUAAAGACACAAAUAUCAGAUUGAGGAUUUGGCAUUGUUUUUCAUGGUCGCAUAUACAUACAUUUGUCAUUUGAACUUCUUUGCAUUAUGUACACAUUAAAUAAUCCUGGACUGUUAUACAUUUGAUACCGAACUGACAGUCAUACAAAAUAUACAUUAGUUCUAUACGUCAUAGUUCUCCAUCUUAAAGACGUGUUUGAUACUUUUAAAAAAUAAACCAGCAGGAUGUAUAAAGAGCGUAAAUGGCUGAUGUUAGAGGUUAAACUCUUGGACUGCGUCUUGACUUUGAUACUAAAACGCUUGGCUUAAACGACUCUCAUGUGAAUCAAUGUAUUCGAGUUAAAAAAAAAAAAAAAAGAACUUUACCACAGACACAAUGAAGGAUGUAAAUAAAAGCAAAGGUUAAAACCGCAUGCCAAAAUACAGGUAAAAAAAUAAUUGCAGUGUGAGAUAUAUUAAAUCUUUCGUCGUCUUCGUUUACAAAUUUUUCGAGUUACAAGCAGAUUCACAGGCUAUAUUUCGGCAUUUAACUUUGGUGCUGUCUACUAGCGGUUCUCUUCAGACUGAGUGAACAGUCCAUUCAUUAAGCAGAUAUCCACUGUGGGCUACAGCCCCAGUUUAUCCAGUCUUGUUACACCAAAAAAUUCUCCUUAACUGACACGGCAUUACACAGAGUAACAUAGCGAGAUGCUUCCUAUAUGUGCUACACACAGAGAUAUUAACUGUAGAUGGCAGCUGUUUUUUUUGCAGUAAAAAUGGAUGAUCAGAGUAGUUUUUUUUUUUUUUUUUUUUUU